AUGGCCAAGACUACUUCCAAGAAAGACGCUAAACUAGCCCAAAAGAAGGUUGCUGAAGAAAAGGCUGCUGCCACUUCUUCUUCCGACUCUUCCUCUUCCUCUUCCUCAUCUUCUGAAUCUAGUUCCGACUCUUCUUCUGAUUCUGAAUCCUCCUCCUCUGAUUCUGAAGAAGAAACUAAGAAGGAAGAAACCAAAAAGGAAGAAUCCUCUUCCUCAUCCUCUGAAUCUGGUUCCGACUCCUCCUCCUCUGAAUCUGGUUCCGAAUCUGAAGCUGAAGAAGAAUCUAACGACAAGAAGCGUAAAGCUGAAUCUGAAGACGAAGAAGAAGAAUCUGACGAUUCUAAGAAACAAAAGACCGAAGAAGAUGCUGAUGAAGGUGAUGCUGAUGAAGAACCAUCUACCAUCUUUGUCGGUAGACUAUCUUGGUCUAUUGACGGUGACUGGUUAAAGAGUGAAUUCGACCACAUUGGUGGUGUUGUUGCCGCUAGAGUUAUCUACGAAAGAGGUACCGACAGAUCCAAGGGUUACGGUUACGUUGACUUUAAGAACAAAACCUUUGCUGAAAAAGCCGUCAAGGAAAUGCAAGGUAAAGAAAUCGAUGGUCGUGAAAUCAACUGUGACAUGUCUAACUCCAAGCCAGCUACUAACAACGGUGGUGACCGUGCUAAGAAAUUCGGUGAUGUUCCAAGUGAACCAUCUGACACUCUAUUCUUAGGUAACUUAUCCUUCGGUGCUAACACAGAUGAAAUCUCUCAAAUGUUCAGUAAAUACGGUGAAAUUGUUUCCGUUCGUCUACCAACUCAUCCAGAAACUGAGCAACCAAAGGGUUUUGGUUACGUUCAAUACGGUAACCUUGACGAUGCCAAGAAGGCUCUAGAGGCUCUACAAGGUGAAUACAUUGACAACAGACCAGUUAGACUUGAUUACUCUACUCCAAGACCACAAAACGACAGAGGUGGUUUCGGUGGUAACAGAGGUGGUUUCGGUGGCCGUGGUGGCCGUGGUGGCUUCGGUGACCGUGGUGGCCGUGGUGGUUUCGGUGGUCGUGGUGGCCGUGGUGGCUUCGGUGGCCGUGGUGGCAACAGAGGUGGUUUCGGUGACCGUGGUGGCCGUGGUGGCUUCGGUGGCCGUGGUGGUUUCAGAUCUACUGGUUCCGGUGCUAACAAUGCUCCAUUAGGUAAAUCUAGAAACACCGCUGACUUCGCUGGUACCAAGAAGACCUUUGAUUAA